AACCAUUUUUCAACCAGGUUUUCUGUCUUGCUUUCUAAAUAUUUUACAAAUAUAUUUUAUAUACAUUUGAUUUUUUUUCUAAUUGUUUUUACAAGUUGUUGUCCUGUUUGAUAAACAUAAAGGAGAUGAGAGCGACAGAUAACCUUUAAAUCGAGCUGCUGGUUUAUGUUGAAACGCUGCAGGGAGGCGGUGAACAGGAAGUUUAACUCCUCCUCUCGCUGUAAAAACCCCGAAACCCACCGAGCUUCUCCUCAGUCUGAACAGCUGGAAUCAGAGGAAACAUCUGGAUGGGAGUCUGACGGCACAGCUGCAUGUUCGCCCGGGAUGGAUCACAGAAACUCCACCCCCCUUCCCACCAACCAAUCAGACUUCAGCAGCGUGUUCACCCACCAGGUGCUGCCGCCGCUCUACCUGGUGAUCUGCGUGGUGGGCGUGGCUCUGAACAGCGUGGCGGCCUGGAUCUUCUUCAGGGUUCCUGCUGACUGCGGCCUGGUGGUCUACCUGAAGAACAUGGCGGUGGCCGACCUGCUCAUGCUGUUCACCUUCCCCUUUAGGACGGCGGCUCAGCUGGGCCUUGGCGGCUGGCGGCUCCAGGUCAUCAUCUGCCGCUACACUGCCGUGCUCUUCUACUUGUCCAUGUACGUGGGGAUCCUCUUCAUGGGCUUCAUCAGCCUGGAGCGCUACACCAAGAUCGUCCGACCGUCCUCGUCCGCCUCCUCGUCCACCUGUAGGUCCAGGCUGGGCGGAGCCUCCUCGCUUCACCUCCUGCAGAGAGUCGGAUUCGCCCGGGUCCUGGCGCUCUUCACCUGGAGCCUCCUGAUUCUGUGCACCCUUCCCAACGUCAUCCUGACCAGCCAGCCGGCCGACGAGCUGACCUCCAAGGACUGCAUGAACCUGAAGACGCCGCUGGGCGUCCAGUGGCACAAGGUGUCCACAUACUUCAGCGUGUCGCUGUUCUGGGCGACGCUGCUGGUCCUCGUCUUCUGCUACGCCUCCAUCGCCCGCCGGAUCUACCAGUCGUACCGCCGCGUCCGCCGCGACAACAGCGAUGUCUGCCGCAAGUCCAACCGCAGCAUCUUCAGCAUCCUGGUGGUCUUCUUCAUCUGCUUCGUUCCGUACCACGUCUGCCGGAUUCCCUACACCCUCACCCAGACCCAAACGGUGUCGGGUUUCAGCCGCAACACUCGCUUCCUGCUGUUCCAGCUGAAGGAGGGGACGCUCUUCCUGUCGGCGCUCAACGUCUGCCUUGACCCCAUUAUCUACUUCCUGAUGUGUCGAACCUUUAGGGAGUCACUGCUCAGAAAACUGUCUGGACGGGAGAGAAGGAGGUCGCUGACCACCGUCCAGAGCCUCAGCAAUAUCUAGGAGAGGAAGCAAGGAGACAAAGAUAGGAGAAGGAGGCAAGAAGGCAAUGAGAGGAGGGAAUUUUUAAGAACUACAAUCUGAACUUUUCUUGUCCAGGAUCUUUCAACCACUCUGAACUGCCUUCAUGAACAUCUGUGUUGCCAUGGAAACACAGAUGUUCAAACAUGAGCAUUAACUGUGAAGUUCAGCAGGACUUUUAUUCUCUUUGUUUCUCAGAAAUAUGUGUAAAUGUGGAGUUGUGAAUGUUUGUCUGUAAAUAAACAGGAGUUUGUAUUCUAGCAUCUGUAAAUAUCAGCAGCAGUAGCACAAAUGUGAUUUUAGUUUUAUUAUACGUUGAAGAGCGAAAAGGAAAGAAAAGGGAAGGAAGGGGUGGUUUGGAAGUGAAACUGAACAGUGAUGACUGGACAUCAACCUGUGACACUUCGCUCCGCUGCAGAGUUUAUCACGACACCGUUUAACUUCUCAAUAAAUUCAGCUGAUCUGGUUUUGUGGCUCUGA